UGAAGUUACGUGUCUACUUGCUAUUUGCCGGGAAUUUUAUUGUCAAGCUUAUGAAUAUGAUUGCUUUAUUAACAAUUAAUAAUUGACUUCAUAUAGCCCAUAAACUGCACAGCGACAGUGAUUGAUUGACCUAUCCGUCCGUUGAUGAUGGAGUAUACUCUGAAAACAAUCCUGGUCGUUAUUGCGGCGUAUAUUGAGACAACGAACUAUGUAAAUUGUGAUGAAAAAAUUUCAGGCGUUAACCAGAAUCCAGAUGGUAGUGGAAGCAUCAAAUUUACACCCCCAAAACUAGAUGAUGAAGAAAUGAACAGUAUUUAUAUGCCAGAUAAAUUAAAAUGCGAUGGAUGUACAAUUAUAGCUUAUAUGUUGAAUAAAAGAUUUGAUAAAGCUCACAGAAGUAGAAAAUCUUUGAAAUAUUUACCAGAGACUGAAGUAUUAGAUAUUUUUGAAAAUGUUUGUUCAGACGAGUUUAAAUCAUGUGGAGUAAAGGAGGUCAAUGGAAGGGUCAGAUUGACAGGACCUGGUUUAGAAACUGAAAAUGUUCCAGGUGUAAUGCAAGGAGGGGGUCUUUGGCCAAGGAGAUUACAAAAUAUGUGCAAUUUUAUAGUUGACCAAAUGGAUGAAUAUGAUGUAUAUCAGUUGUAUUUAGAUAAAAGUAUACCAUUUAAAGAUUCAUUAUGUGCAGGAAGUUCUCCUCUAAACUAUUGUAGUAAAAACAAAAAGAAUCAAAAAACAGAAUUAUGAUCAUAUCAAUAUUUUACCAAAUGAUUGUUUUAUAGAGUAUAUUGUUUUAUUGCUUUGUAUUUGUUUAAAUUUGUCUUAUAUGUAAACUGUUUGUCAGUUUUUAUCUAAAUAUCUAUAUUUAUACCUAAAGCACUGCAUAUUUGUAAAGGUAGUAGUAUGUUGACAUAACAUGAUUUUAAAACUCAAAGCAUCAAUGACAAAUAUGUAAUUACAAAGCUCAACAUUCCAAUAAAUGAAUCUACUGUGUUUUGUUGGUCAGAAACAGGUACAAAAAUCAUUCAAAUGCACUGGCCAGUAGUGGUUAAGGCCAGUACUCAAUAAUGAAUAUUUCUUAUCAGAAACAAUCUGUCAACCAAAACCAUCAAUGCACACCAUAACAAUUUCUUGCUGCAGAUUUCUAGUCACAGACGUUACCAAGCUGUUGGUAUGUCCUACUGGAGAAUUCCAAACCUUGGCAUGUUGAUAUAUUUAAGUAGUCAGUAACUCAUACAAUGAUUGGGUUAUACAAACCUAAACAUAGUGGCCACAAUCAACGACGUAAACAAACAAAUCUUCAUUACAAAAAUUUGCAUUUGGAAAUAGAAUUUAUCAACCCCAAUGCUUUGUCGACAACAAUGCUUUGUCUACUGGUAGCGCACAUAUAACCUUUCAGGGGAAAUCUGUUGGCUGUAUAAUGCACCGCAGAUAAAUGAUUAUUUGUUGGUGAUGAAGAAAUAUUAAAUCAAAUGUGUAUAUGACUUUAAAAAUCUAAAUUUUGUCAAAUGAUAUCAGAUGCUUUCAUAACAAAUAUUUGCCUUAAUAGGAUAUUUUUAAUGUGAUAUUUAUAUAUAAAACUGACAAUUUUAAACAUUUUCAAUAUAGUAACACACACAGUGAAUUUGACUUGUGUAUUGUAAUAAAGUCAAUUUGACUUAUGUAUGUAGUGCAACAUUGUUUUGUUAUAAAACUGUUUUUGCAUAAUAUUGUUAUUCAAUCAUGUGGAUUAUAAAUUUGAAUAAAAACUAUGUCUUAACCAA